UCAUCUCCUCUUCAGAUUUCUUAUCUCAACUUUACCUAAAGCUUCUCCUUUCGCUUUUGGCUUCUUCUCGUCAAUUAUUAUUCUCUAAAAUCGCUCAAAAACUCAAGAAAUUUUCAAAACAACCAAAAUGAGAGAGUGCAUAUCGAUUCACAUUGGUCAAGCCGGUAUCCAAGUGGGUAACGCCUGCUGGGAGCUCUACUGCCUUGAACAUGGCAUUCAACCUGAUGGACAAAUGCCGGGCGACAAGACAGUUGGCGGUGGAGAUGAUGCAUUCAACACUUUCUUUAGUGAAACUGGUGCUGGAAAGCAUGUCCCUCGCGCCGUAUUCCUUGAUUUGGAACCUACUGUUAUUGAUGAAGUUAGGACAGGAACUUAUCGCCAAUUGUUUCACCCUGAACAACUUAUUAGUGGGAAAGAAGAUGCUGCCAACAACUUUGCUAGGGGCCACUACACAAUUGGGAAAGAGAUUGUGGACUUGUGCCUUGAUAGGAUCAGAAAGCUGGCUGACAACUGUACUGGGCUUCAAGGGUUUUUGGUAUUUCACGCUGUUGGUGGUGGUACUGGAUCUGGUCUUGGAUCUUUGCUUUUGGAAAGGCUUUCUGUUGAUUAUGGAAAGAAAUCGAAGCUCGGGUUUACUGUUUAUCCUUCACCUCAGGUUUCAACCUCUGUUGUUGAGCCUUAUAACAGUGUUCUAUCAACCCAUUCCCUUUUAGAGCACACUGAUGUCUCUAUUCUCCUCGAUAAUGAGGCUAUCUAUGAUAUUUGUCGUAGAUCACUUGAUAUUGAAAGACCCACCUAUACCAAUCUCAAUAGGCUUAUUUCUCAGGUUAUCUCCUCACUAACAGCUUCUCUUCGAUUUGAUGGAGCAUUGAAUGUGGAUGUGACUGAAUUUCAGACUAAUUUAGUCCCGUACCCUCGAAUCCACUUCAUGCUCUCUUCAUAUGCACCAGUUAUCUCUGCAGAGAAAGCUUACCACGAGCAAUUAUCAGUGUCAGAAAUAACCAACAGUGCCUUUGAACCAUCUUCAAUGAUGGCAAAAUGCGAUCCUCGCCAUGGUAAGUACAUGGCAUGUUGUUUGAUGUACAGAGGAGAUGUAGUGCCAAAGGAUGUAAAUGCUGCAGUUGCUACAAUCAAAACUAAGAGGACAAUUCAAUUUGUGGAUUGGUGUCCCACUGGGUUCAAAUGUGGCAUCAAUUAUCAGCCCCCUACUGUUGUUCCUGGAGGAGAUUUGGCUAAAGUUCAAAGGGCAGUUUGCAUGAUUUCAAAUUCAACUAGUGUUGCUGAAGUGUUCUCUAGGAUUGAUCAUAAGUUUGAUCUUAUGUAUGCAAAGCGUGCUUUCGUGCAUUGGUAUGUUGGUGAGGGUAUGGAGGAAGGUGAAUUCUCUGAAGCUAGAGAGGAUUUGGCUGCUCUGGAGAAGGACUAUGAAGAAGUUGGAGCAGAAUCUGCUGAAGGAGAUGAUGAUGAAGGAGAUGAAUACUAGGCAAGAAAUGUUCUAUUCUAUGCCAAUAGGCUCAUUGGUCUAUUCUAGCUUUAGGUUGUAGCUCAUCAGGGUCUCAAUAUUGUUGUUUUACUUCUAUUAUUAAUGAAAUGUCUCUGGUUUGCUUAAA